UGCAGCACCAGAUACAACAGCUGUCGCAGCAACAAAAUAAUCUUCUGCAAAAUAACGCUCAGAGUGUGCAACAGCGAGACAAUAUGCCGAGAGGAAAGGAUUCAAAGCCGAGGGGACGGAUGACCGCAUACGCAUUCUUCGUGCAGACAUGUCGCCAGGAACAUAAAAAGAAACACCCCGAGGAGAAAAUCGUCUUUCGGGAAUUCUCUAAAAAGUGUGCGAUGAGGUGGAAGACUAUGUCAGACAAAGAAAAGAAGCGUUUUCACGAAAUGGCUGAGAAAGAUAAAAAAAGAUACGAUGCAGAAAUGCAAAAUUAUACACCACCGAAAGGCGAAAGUAAGGGCAGGGGCAAAAAACGUAAACACAUCAAAGACCAUAAUGCUCCUAAAAGAUCUCUAUCUGCCUUUUUCUGGUUCUGUAACGAUGAACGUGGAAAAGUGAAAUUGUUGAAUCCCGAGUUUGGUGUUGGUGACAUUGCUAAGGAACUUGGUAAGAAAUGGUCAGAUGCAGAUCCUGAAACCAAAUCGAAGUAUGAGGCUAUGGCGGAAAAGGAUAAGGCACGAUAUGAAAGAGAAAUGACUGCGUACAAAAAGAAAAUGAAAGAUGGCGCACCUGUAGUAGGAGUUCCAGCAAAUACUGUAAAAAGUGACAGUGAAGAAGAGUAUAAAGAAGAUGAUGAAUAGCGGAUGCACGACAAAAUUUCAUCUAUCACCCCGUGUCCUUGAUCCUGAAAGCAUACCUCACCUACUGUACGUACCAUUGAUCUUAGCGUGAGCGUACUUACACCACUAGGAAAACAAAUAACUAAUCACCAGUCCCUGAUUAUUUACAAUAAUAAUUAAAUACCCGCGAUUAUAAUAAUUAUUUUAAAAUUGUAUGUAUGAGAGAUGCGAGAGAAGAUCGUAUGAAUGAUAUUUGUAUUUUAACAUAUUGAUAGUAACAUGUAAAAUGGCGUAGGAUAGCAGAAUGAAAAAAAAUAUGGUGCCCACUUUCUAUCAGGUGGAAGGCGCAGGGGCUCAAUCAUUGUUGAUAUUGUCUCCAGACUACGUUAAAGCUACGUAAAUCAAGAUACGGCGGCUCCAUAGUUGGGCGGUAUCAUUCGAAAUAAAUAGUUUGGUAUUUAUCAGUUCAGUUCAUUCGCUGCCAGUGUAAGAAGACUUAUUGUAUAUCCUUGUACAGAAUAUUUCUUUAAAUCAAAUCUGUCGCAGGUGGGGCAUGGGGCUGCUUUGUAUGAAUGUAAUUGAUUUAAGUACGUGUCGUAUAGUUGUAAGUAUUAGGAUAAGUAUAUAUUUUAAUGCAACUUCGAUUCUACAUCUGCGUCAACAUGUGAUAGUUUCCACAAAUGAUGUAUUCUAAACCACGAGAUUGAGCCUUAUAGCUUAUAAGUGAUUGAAAUCUAAACAAAAUAUCUAAUUCGCAACUUGGUGAAAUCAAAAUUGGGGCAACAACCCAGCCAUGGAGCAGUGGUAUUUGAAAAAUACUACAACGGAUGAAACUAAUUUUUAUUCAUAAGAAAGUAAAAACAAAGAAACUAAUUUGUUUUAUAUAAUUGAUAAAAAUUUUGCUUUUAUGUUAUCUUAGCAAUAAUUAUAAUUUCAAUUUUUUAUAAUCAUACGAAGUAAUUAAUUUUUGUUCUUAUCGAAAUUAAUGACAGUCGCUACAGACAAAUUAAAAUAGAAGUGUACUUUGAUUUUUUUUAGCAAAUUGAAGUGGUCCCUGCCCUUACCAUCGUCAUUCUCCCUCUCAUAUUCAUUUUCCAAUAAAACGAAUACGUUAAAAUUCUUUCAGAAACAUGUGAUUCCGUUCAUUGUUUAAGAAAGUAAGAUAAGGCGUGUCUUGUAUUGCCUCAAGUCAUCUGGUGUACAGCAGGCUGUAUUAUAAUAAAUUAUUGUGGUUUCUUGUAAUAUUAACAUUCCUAGAUCCUAGUAUGUACAGAACUUAAUCAUUGAGAUUAGAGUCAACUGUGUAAGAAGCAUACCAAAAGAAGCAGGCUAAGUAAUACAAAUAUGAAUUUCGUGGCCAAGAUUGGUAUGCAAAAUGAAUAUACAAGAGGCUUCUUUACAGUCAGACUGACUUGCACCUUGAUUUGGCUCAGCAGGUAACCACUACUUUUUGACGUAAAAGCUUUUCAUCUCCCCUGCACAUUGUCAUGUAAUGGAUAAUUGUGUGAUUAUAUAAGCAAAACUUGUUCUAGAGGGAGCUAGAGGACGAAUACUGUAAAAUAUGAAAUUGUAAUAUUUUAAUACUGAUUUGCAGAUGUGCAUAAUUUUAACAUAGCUGGUUAAAAUGAAUUGUACUGAAAGGUAUCCAUUUGAUGGAGGUAAUUAAUAAAAACAGAUAUUGAAAAUUACGGCAGAAUUUUCUGUGUUAUUAUAGGGGAAUUACGACAGUUACAAAAGAAAUGUUUGUUUUGUAUAUCUCUUAGGAUAAAUAAACUUUUAAAAAAAUAUGUGAAUAUGUUUCUGGUACUGCUCCGAACCUGUUUUUAAGCAUGUAUAUGUCCGAAAUGUUUGAUUCUUAAAGCAGUACUAGAUUUAGAGUAUUAACAUUUACAUAUAUUUAUAUAAAAGUAAGU